GACGGGACGCCAGCACAAAGACACACACCCGGAAAACACCCGCCGUUCAGCAUGGAGCGAAAAGUGGCGAAGGAAUUUCGGCAUAAGGUGGAGCUGCUAAUUGAUAAUGAAGCGGAGAAGGACUAUCUCUAUGAUGUUCUCCGCAUGUACCACCAAUCCAUGGACAUUCCUGUCCUGGUCGGCGACCUGAAGCUGGUGAUAAAUGAGCCCAAACGCCUUCCGCUGUUUGAUGCCAUCAGACCUCUGAUUCCUCUGAAGCACCAGGUGCAGUACGACCAGCUCACGCCCAAGAGAUCCAGGAAGUUGAAGGAAGUCCGUCUGGACCGCACACAUCCUGAGGGUCUGGGUUUGAGUGUUCGAGGUGGGCUGGAGUUCGGCUGUGGCCUCUUCAUAUCACAGAUAGUCAAAGAUGGACAGGCAGGAAAUGUCGGCCUACAGGUUGGCGAUGAGAUUGUGCGUAUUAAUGGCUACUCCAUCUCCUCCUGCAUUCAUGAGGAGGUCAUCAACCUCAUCAAGACCAAGAAGACUGUAUCUCUGAAAGUCCGCCAUGUGGGAAUGAUUCCUGUCAAGAGCUCCUCUGAAGACCCUCUGAAGUGGCAGUUUGUGGAUCAGUUUGUUUCUGAAUCCGGGGAGAAGAAGACUAGUGUGGCUGGUCUGACUUCGAUUGGAGGAAAAGUAAUCAAGGAAAAGAAAGUAUUCCUUAGUUUGGUGGGCACCAAAGGCAUGGGAAUCAGCAUAUCGAGUGGACCAACACAGAAACCAGGCAUCUAUGUGAGCAAUGUGAAGCCGGGUUCAGUCUCAUCUGAAGUGGGAUUACAGGUUAGCGACCAGAUUGUGGAGGUCAAUGGGGUGGAUUUCACCAACCUGAGUCAUCAAGAAGCAGUGCGAGUGUUAAAGAGCAGCAGGAGUCUAACCAUCACUGUCCUCACUGGAGCUAGAUGGAGGAAGAUGGAAAUAUCGCAGAAGACUGCAGAUGAAGAGGAACGCCAUCACAAAGAGAUGGAGAGAAUUGCAGCCGCGGAAAGGAAGCACCACAAAGACUGGGAAGAAGAUUGGGGUUCCAAAGAAAAAUCCAAAUCUCCUUCCCCCUCCCCACUUCCCUCACCCCCACCACCUGCACGUAAUGCACCUUCACCUAAACCCAAAACCUCCACGUUCGGUUGGUUCUACCGUUACGAAGGAAAGUUGCCUACACUCAAAAAGAAAGGAAAAGAGACCAAAAAGAAGAAGAAGAUAUCGAAGACUGACACUCUCCCAGCUGAGAAAAAGAACAAGAAAGAGAUGGAGUUUGAGCUGAAACUUGCAAAGGAGAAGGAAGAGAUACUUGAGCGAGAGAAGCAGAUGAAAAUCAGCAGACUUCUGCAAGAGGUGUCAGAAACUGAGAGGGAAGAUCUGGAAGAGUCAGAGAAGGUGCAGCAUUGGGUGGAGAGGCUCUGUCAAACCAGACUAGAGCAAAUCUCCUCAGUUGAAAAUGAUUCUCCAGAGAUGUCUCCAACUCGUUCUCCAGUGUCAACUGGUCCCACCAAUCGGAGGUUCCCUGGAGGCUUGACCUUGGCCACUACUGACCUUGAUGACAUCAACUUAGAUGAUGUGGACCAGAGUCUAAGGCAGCCUUUGAAAAGACCUCCACCUACAUCCAACCAAGCUCCCACUCCCUUACCACUCCCUCCACCCUCACCCCGACUUUACCACUCAUCCAACCAUCGACCUCCAUCUCCAAGAACGCAGCUCCCAAUGCAACCCAGUCCCAGACCAGCCCCUCACCACCCACCUUCUCCACUAGCCACAAGGGUACCCCCUUCCUCAAUAGGUCGUAGCCGGCAACCCCCAGCCACCCCACUAUUCUCCUCCAGGGGUCUGUCCUCAUCUCAGCCACCUCCCCCGCCACCACCUCCUCCCCCUCCACCACCUCCUCCACCCCUGCACAUGGAGGACAAGUACCAUGUGGGGCCGUCCAACUAUCCCCGCUCCCCAAGCUUAUCCGAACAGGGAAGCAGGUUUGGGGACAAUGGUUACCGACAGAGAGGGGGCUUCCACUCCACCAUUCCCAGUCAUCUCUCACGCCCACCCAGCCCGAAGGCUGACCACAGCUUGACGGUGAUGAGAAACACAUCACAUGCUAGCAGGAUGUCCACCUCUAAUAAUCCACUGCGAAUUGCCCCCAGCCCUCCAAACCAGCGGAGACAGAUCAACCCUGUCAUGUCCAAACCUGUCAUGCUACCGAGUCAGACCUCACAUAGACCCACACUUCGCUCUGAGACCAUGCCCCCAGAGAUGCUCAAACGGAUGGUCACGUACAACACGUCCUUUAAAUCCAGCAAGAAACAAGGAUUUCAGAAAUAUGUGGAUGGUUUUGAUCCAUAUUCCAUGUUCACGUCUGAACAAAUAGCUGGCAGAGAUGUGCGACUUUUGAGAAUUAAGAAGGAAGGAAAGCUUGAUCUGGUCAUAGAGGGAGGAAUUGACUCCCCUUUGGGAAAGAUUGUGGUGUCGUCUAUCUAUGAGGGAGGUGCGGCAGAUAAACAUGGUGGUGUUGUGUCGGGUGAUGAGAUCAUGGCUGUGAAUGGAAAGAUCCUGACGGAUGUGACUUUAGCUGAAGGACAAGCCUCAUUGGCUCAGGCCUGGAACAGUGGAGGGGAUUGGAUUGACCUGGUCAUCGCGGUCUCUCCACCAAAGGAAUAUGAAGACGAAGUCCCUAACGCAGCAUCAGUCAGACCCACUGCAAAGAAAAAGGUUUUCCAAGGCAGUGCCCCUGUGUACAGACAGGGCUACGUCCUUCAGAUGAGGACCCCCCAUCCCCCAACAUGAUCGCCACUAACCCAGUGGACAUUCUUUUAAAACCCAACAUUGCAUCAGUGCAACGGACCACAGGGAGAAUCAAUAGCCAUUCCUUAGUAGUAAUUUUGCAAAAAGCAAAUAAUUUAGUAUUUGUGUUGUAAAUGAAAUGCAGUUAUUCACAUCAUUUAUAAAUCAGGCAUCUGUGUUUUAGAAAUACAUAAUACUCUCUUUAGGCUAUAUUGUUAUCAUUUGCAAAACA